AUGCACUGUUGUUUUUUAUUUGUUGAUGUUAAAUCUGUAGUUGUGUGUACAAGUAUGGGGAAGAAGCACAAAAAGCACAGGUCGGAAUGGAGGUCCUACGACGCCGGUGAGCUCGGAUCUCCCGGUGACCAGUCUCAGUAUUAUGUUGAUAAACCAUCUGAAAAAACUUUAAAACUGGUUCUUAAAGUUGGAGGUAGUGAAGUGACUGAACUGUCAGGAUCUGGACAUGAUUCUAGUUAUUAUGAUGAUCGAUCAGAUUAUGAGCAGCGUGAGCGACACAAAGAAAAAAAGAAAAAAAAGAAAAAGAAGUCAGAAAAAGAAAAAGAAAAGCAUGUGGAUGAAGAAGAAAGAAGACGAAGGAAGGAAGAGAAAAAGAGAAAACGAGAAAAGGAACAGUGUGACUCUGAUGGUGAAACAGAGUAUUUUGAGCCAACAAAAAAAGUGGAGGUUGAAACUCCAACAGACCGUCCUGUUAGAGCUUGUAGAACACAUCCAGCAGAAAAUGAGAGUACACCGAUACAGCAACUUCUGGAAUACUUCCUCCGCCAACUGCAACGGAAAGACCCCCAUGGUUUUUUUGCUUUUCCAGUGACAGAUCAGAUUGCGCCAGGUUAUUUCAUGAUAAUAAAACAUCCUAUGGAUUUUAGUACUAUGAAAGAAAAAAUUGCUGCAAAUGACUACAAAUCAAUCACAGAGUUUAAGGCAGAUUUUAAACUUAUGUGUGAUAAUGCAAUGACAUACAACCGGCCUGAGACGGUUUACUACAAGUUGGCCAAGAAGCUACUUCAUACAGGCUUCAAGAUGAUGAGUAAAGAACGGCUUUUAGCUUUGAAGCGCAGUAUGUCGUUUAUGCAGGACAUGGAUUUUUCUCAGCAGGCUGCUAUAUUGGGGGAUGAGGACACUACAGUGGAAGAUCCUGCUCCAGAGGUCCCAGUCCCAGCUCCAAUUGAGAUGACGACAAAGAAAUCUAAAAAGCCAAGCAAGGAAGUUAUUCGGGUGAUUGAGGAUGAUCAGAGUUGUAUUUUUGAACCAGAAGGCAAUGCAUGUAGUUUAACAGAGAGCACAGCAGAAGAACACGUAUUGGCCCUGGUAGAGCAUGCUGCAGAUGAAGCAAGAGACAAAGUCAACAGGGAUUUCCCCAACGGCAAGAUUGGUUACCUUAAAAAGAAUGCAGAUGGCAGUUUAAUUUAUACUGUAGUCAACUCUGAUCCAGAUGCAGAGGAGGAAGAAACGCACCCAGUGGAUUUAGGUUCUCUCUCAAGCAAACUAUUACCUAGCUUUACUUCAUUGGGCUUUAAAGAUGACCGCAGGCAUAAAGUUACAUUUCUUAACAGUACAAGUACAGCUCUUUCAUUACAAAACAACACACUCUUCACUGACCUUAAGCCUGAUGAAAUGGAUUUAAUGUACGCCGGUUAUGGUGAUGACACAGGAAUUCAGUGUGCACUAAGCCUGCAAGAGUUCGUUAAAGACUGUGGGGGAUAUGCAGAGAAAAUUGUAAAUGACCUACUGGACCAGAUAACAGAAGGAGACCAUUCCAAAAUCCUUUAUCAGAUAAAACAGGGAAGAAAUAUUCCAGUAAGACAUCCAGAUGACCUUAAAAUUGGGGACUCUGAUGGCAGCAGUUCUGUCCUUGAUUUUAUGUCCAUGAAAUCAUAUUCCGACGUAUCCCUUGAUAUGUCAAUGCUCAAUUCAUUAGGAAAAGUGAAGAAAGAGCUUGACCAUGAAGAUGGACAUCUUAACUUGGAUGAUACAGCUAAGCUUUUGCAUGACUUCCACGAUGUACACAAUGACAGAGUUGGAUCUCGACCCUCUUCAAACAUAAGUUCUUUAUCCAACAACUCAGAAAGAGAUCACCAUCAUCUUGGUAGCCCCUCUCGUCUCAGUGUUGGAGAGCAACAGGACAUUCCAGACCCCUAUGAAUUCCUGCAGUCCCCUGAACCUGAUAACCCUAAUUAAAAGUUUAUUUUUUUCCUU